GUACGUUUAACAAUUUUGGAACCUUAAAGAAUCUUAAUCUAUUUUCAUGGAUAAAACCAAGCAAACGUAAGCCAUUGCACACAUGUGCGCUGUUGAGCAGUUAAUCACAAGAGAGAGAGAGAACUAUGAUUUUUUUUCUCACUUCCUCUGGACAUAUUUUUCUUUCGAGAACAAUAAGCAUUUUCUUUCCAUGCCUAUAUGUUCUAAGGUUAUAGGUUAUAUUGCUUAGUACUACUAAGCAAUGGUGGGGGUACCCCCAUUACAUGAUUUUAGCACAGAUUUGAACCAUUUUUAUCGACAGUGUCGCAAAAUGGAUGUGAUUUUAGUUAACAUUUCGGCCAGAAUGGAUGUGUGUCGUUAAUGCGCUGGGAAUUUUAGCGUUAUAAGAAAAAGGCCUGCAUGGCCGCUCUCAGGUUCUUCUCUGCCUGAAGUAAACACGUGGAGUCGAAGAAAACAUGGAGUGCUUCUUUUCUUUAAAAACAGAAUGAACAUUUAGCCAAUGAGUGAAUAAACGCAGAGAAAUAAAUAACAAUGGGUAAAAAGAAAGUAAAGGCUUAUGUAAAGAAGAAGUAUACGCCGGAAAAUAAAAUAAUCGAGGAGCUACAGUCUAAGUAUAACGCUAUAGAUGUUACAAAAACGAUAAAAUUCAAUGACCUGCCCCUAUCGAGAAUUACCUUGAAGGGUUUAGUGGAAAAUGAUUAUGUUGAGAUGACGGAUAUUCAGAGACAGAGCAUCGGUUUAGCCUUACAGGGCAACGACAUCUUGGGAGCUGCGAAAACUGGCAGUGGCAAGACCCUGGCUUUUCUUAUUCCAGUAUUGGAAAUUUUAUACUGCAAACAAUGGACGAGACUAGAUGGUCUAGGCGCGUUAAUUAUUACACCAACGAGAGAACUGGCGUAUCAGAUAUAUGAAACGUUGCGUAAGGUGGGUCAGUAUCAUGAUAUUUCAGCAGGCUUGAUUAUAGGAGGAAAGGAUUUGAAAUUUGAGAAGAAACGCAUGGACCAGUGCAAUGUAGUUAUAUGUACGCCAGGACGUUUGCUUCAUCAUAUGGAUGAAAAUCCGUUAUUCAAUUGUACAAAUAUGCAGAUAUUAGUAUUAGAUGAAGCUGAUCGUUGUUUAGACAUGGGUUUCGAAAAAACCAUGAAUUCCAUUAUUGAAAAUUUACCAGCUAAAAGGCAGACUUUACUUUUUUCAGCGACUCAGACAAAAUCUGUAAAAGAUCUGGCGAGGUUGAGUCUUAAAGAUCCCUUAUAUGUGUCUGUGCACGAACAUUCUACGUACACCACACCAGAAGGCCUGCAACAGAGCUAUGUUAUAUGUUCCUUGGAAGAUAAAAUGGCGAUGCUGUGGUCCUUUAUUAGAAAUCAUACAAAGCAGAAGAUUAUUGUGUUUUUUUCUAGUUGUAAACAAGUGAAAUAUGUAUAUGAAGCAUUUUGUCGAUUGCGGCCAGGAAUCAGUUUAUUAGCUCUUUACGGUACUCUUCAUCAGCUGAAAAGAAUGAGCAUUUAUGAGUCAUUUUGCAAAAAGCAGUACGCCGUUUUAUUUGCGACUGAUAUUGCUGCUCGUGGAUUAGAUUUUCCUGCUGUAAAUUGGGUGAUCCAAAUGGAUUGCCCGGAAGACGUCAAUGCCUACAUACAUAGAGCAGGCAGAACCGCCAGGUUCAAAAGUGGUGGCGAAUCUCUACUAGUUUUGUUACCAUCUGAAGAACCGAUAAUCGAGAGACUUAAGCAACGUAAAAUUCCAAUAAAUAUGAUAAAGAUCAAUCCAAACAAGCUACAGUCACCUUAUCGUAAGCUCGAAGCUUUAUUAGCGCGAGAUGUGGCAUUGAAAGAAACAGCUCAAAGAGCUUUUGUAUCAUAUAUCAAAUCAGUUUUUCUAAUGAAGGAUAAAGAAAUUUUUAAUGUACAUGCUUUAAAUACAGACACAUAUGCCAACUCGUUAGGUUUAGCCAUACCUCCGAGAAUUCGAUUUUUACAAAGAAUGCAGAAGAAAAUGUCGAAUAAUAAUGUUGAGAAAGAAAUGGAAAAAAUUGAAAAAGAAGUGGAUCAAAUUUCUACUAAUUCGGCAGAUAGUGAGCAAGAAGAUAGCGAAAACAACUCUGAUAAAAACGAUAUACCUGAUAAAAAUAAAAAUAAUGAAAAAAGAUUAGCUAAAGAGAAAGCUGCUGCUCUUAACUUUGAUGAUAGUGAUGAGGAAGAUAUAUUAACUAUAAAAAGAAAAAAUAUAGAUAUCGAUGAUAUUCCAGUGGUAGAGAAUGAAGAUAAGACUUUGAACAAAAAGAAAUCUGUUACAAAGGUCGCAUUGGCCAAAAAGAUUCUCAAGAAGAAAAUUGUGCCAAAUAAGAAAACCUUAUUUGAUGAUGAGGGACAAGAAGUAGUCGAUUCUGCUAAAACGAAAAUGUCAGAACUAGCACGGCAGUACGAGAAUGAAAUCGAUUCUGGUAUUAAUAUCGAAAUAGCCAAGCAAGUCUUGCGCGAGGAGGAUCAGUUUGAUAAACAAAGAUUCAGAGAAAAGAUUAAAGAAAAACAUAGAGAGGAAAAGAGGAAAUUAAAGGCUGCUAAGAAGGCAGAGAGAAAUGAAGAAGAGGCCGAAGAUGUAGGUGAUGAUCACGAUAGUGGAAGUGAAGCUAGCGAAGGUCCAGAUCUUUCAUGGUUACCUGAUCCAGACAAGAUAUAUGGCAAGCAACAAGAUGGAGACAAAGAAAUGUCGUCUGCCAAUGAGUCUGAAGAAGAUGAAGAAUUCGAAGAAGAGGAAGAAAGCAUACUUCACAAGCCAUUUAAGAGAAAAUUGGCGACGCAAGAGGAGUACAAAGGGACCAAGAAAAAACGAAAGAUAUCGGAUAUCGACUAUCUACAAGCCGACGAGGAGUUAGCAUUGCAACUAUUACAGAAUUAGCACAAAGUACAUCUUUAGAGAAAUGUAAAUUUAUACAUUUUAUUUAUGAACGCGGUGGUAUGUACACUUUACAAUGUAACGAGGUACCUUAACAGUAAAGUGUAAUUUUACAUUA